AUGAUCGAAGCAACGAACAACGGCAUCCUUCAUCGGUACGAUGGAGAGCUGCUCCAGAUCGAGGCUUGGGGACCAGACGCAGUCCGAGUUCGAUCGACUCGAAGCAAAGCUAUGCCUGUCGAGGACUGGGGGAUCUCUGCUAGACCUCAAGUUGAGUCGGUGCAAAUCCAGCAAGUUGCUGCUCAAGGCAAAGACCAGCCAAACGGUACCUGGGAGCUCACCAACGGCAAGAUCAGAGCCUCGCUCUCAAACAGAGGCAAACUCACCAUCUACAACGCUGUCAGCGGUAAGGUGCUGCUCGAAGAGUAUAGCCGUAAUCGGGACGACCCUUGCGACCCCAAUUGCAGUGCUUUGCUCAUCGAUGCAAGAGACUUUGUCCCCAUCAUUGGUGGCGACUAUCAGCUGUGUGCGCGUUUCCAGACCCAGGAUCGAAACGAAAAAAUCUUUGGUAUGGGCCAGUAUCAGCACGGCCACCUCGACUUGAUGGGGGUUGACUUGGAGCUCGCACAUCGCAAUUCGCAGGCGAGUGUGCCCUUCUUCCAGUCGAACCGCGGAUACGGCUUCCUCUGGAACAACCCAGCUGUGGGCCGCGCCACGUUUGGCAAGAACGUCAUCACCUUCGAGUCUCGCUGCACCAAAGUGCUGGAUUACUGGAUUGUGGCAGGUGAUACUCCUCGCGACAUUCAGCGCGCCUACGCUGCCGUGGUGGGGCGGCCGCCGAAGAUGCCAGAGUGGGGGCUUGGCUUCAUGCAAUGCAAGCUGCGUUACGAAACGCAGGAACAGCUGCUCUCGGUUGCUCGGAAGCACAAGUCGCUUGGACUACCGCUCGACGUUGUCAUCUGCGACUUCUUCCAUUGGCCUAGACAAGGCGACUGGAAAUUCGACAGCACCUACUGGCCUGAUCCCAAGGCCAUGGUGGACGAGCUGCGAUCGAUGAAUGUCGAGCUCAUGGUCAGCAUCUGGCCAACUGUAGACAAGCGCAGCGCCAACUACGAGCGCUUCAAGGAAGCAGGACACCUGAUCCGAACCGAGAGAGGUGCCCGUACGCAGUUCGACUUUUUGGGUGACUGCUGCAUUGUGGACUUUACGCAUCCUGGAGCACGAGAGCACGUCUGGUCGAUUGUGCAGAAGAACUACUUUGACUUGGGCAUCAAAGUGUUCUGGCUCGACGAGGCAGAGCCAGAAUACCUCAAGUACGACUUUGACCACUUCCGGUACCACGACGGACCUCUUCUGGCUGUGGGCAACGAAUACCCACGAUCGUAUGCGCGCUGUUUUUACGAAGGGCAGAUGGCCAACGGCCAGACUGAGGUCUGCAAUCUGCUUCGUUGCGCCUGGGUAGGCUCGCAGAGGUACGGCGCGGUAGUGUGGAGUGGCGACAUUGCCUCUUCGUGGUCCAGCAUGAGGAACCAGCUCGCUGCCGGUCUCAGCAUUUCACUCGCUGGUAUUCCGUGGUGGAACAGCGACAUUGGCGGCUUCCAUGGUGGCGAUCCGAACGACGCUGCAUUCCGCGAACUUUUGGUGCGUUGGUUCCAGUGGGGAGCCUUCUGUCCUCUCAUGCGCCUUCACGGCGACCGCGAGCCACGUCAGCCAAAGCCGGACAUUGCCAAGGAUGACCCGGACUAUUGCCAAAGCGGCGCAGACAACGAGGUGUGGUCGUAUGGCCCGGAAAACUUCCCGAUCCUCAAGAAGUACAUACUGAUCAGAGAAGCGCUGCGAGACUACACGAGAUCCAUCAUGAAGGACGCAGAGCAGCAUGGCGACCCCGUCAUGCGAACAUUGUUCUACGAGUUCCCGCAAGAUGCGCAGGCUUGGCAGGUGGAGGACGAGUACAUGUACGGCCAUCGGUACCUCGUCUGCCCCAUCCUCGAGCCCGACGCUCGUCGUCGCACUGUCUACCUUCCUGCCGGAAGCAAGUGGAGGCGAGUUACGUUCCAGGCGGCCCAACAAGAGGCGGGAUGCAUCUCAUCCGUCCAAGCAUCCGAUGAGGCACUGGAAGGCGGUACUAUGGUCGAAGCGGAAGCCCCCAUCGACGAGAUGCCGGUGUUCGAGCGCAUCUGA